CACGCACCACCCCUGUCCUGCUAAUCGUACGGCCCAGCGGCGCCAUGUCGUCGUCGUUCAAGCCCAACCCCCUCUCGCUGAGCGUACCGGACCCCGCUCUCGACCGCUGGCUCCGGGACUCCGGCUACCUCGACCUCCUCGACUCCUCCACCCCCGCACCCGCCGCAGCCGCCCCCACACGCGCCAGCCCCGCAUCCACCUCCUCGGGGCCCGGCGCCGCCGCCGACGUCCUCGCCUUCGCGCGCACCCUAGCCUCUCUCCUCGCGCUCAACCCCUUUGCGUGCCUCACCGCCGCCGACCUCGCCGCGCCCACCCCCUCCUGGUCCCUCGCCUUCAUCGGCCCCGCCGGCACCGCCUCCUACUCCUGGCCCCCGACCCCCACCCAGGCCCGACUCCGCGUCCAGGAGAACGUCCGCCGCUACACCCGCAACUAUGCCGCGCUAUCCAUCCUCGUCUUCGCCUGCUGCCUGUACCGGAUGCCUAUGUCGCUGCUGGGGUUGCUGGCCAGCCUCGCCGUGUGGGAGGCUGUGCGGUACUGCCGGAACCGGUGGGAGCUCGCCACACGAGCGCCCGGAAUUGGGCAGGCUCUUCUGCACUGUGCCCAGAUUGCCACUGCUAUACUACUAUAUGUAUGCAACCUGCAGUUUGCUCUUGUGUAUGCCAUUGGGUUGAGUUAUGCAGUCAUGAUGCUACAUGCUUCUCUUCGGAAGUUGACUCCCUCAAGCCUAUCUGUUCCAGCAAAUAAGAAUAGGAGGGCACAGCCAAGACGAAGCUAGUCGCCAUUGGAGGUCGGCUGCAGAUGGCAGGUACAUUGCCAUGUCGCAGUACGGUGGAGGCACUGCCCUGAAAGCAAUUCUACACCUAAGAUCAUGUGCUCCGACUAUAUACGCCAUUCAAUCCUUCCACAGGGUUAUGUCAAAAGAUAUUGGCUGCAUGAGUUCGGAGACGGGGAAGACGAUUGCAAGAGUGAAACUGUAAGCACAGCGGAAUGUGGGAACAAUGUGUGCUUACAAUCCUAGGACUGUAAAAUCCAGUUUUGGCACCGACGCUGAUUAAAGAAUUUUUGGGAGGAAUUUCGGAGUUCUUAAUACAGUUUUGUUAAAGCACAUCUAGAUGUGCCAUAAGUAUUGCACAUCUAAGUCCUAUGUCCUUGAUGUUGCAUGGA